GCCUCUUCCUGCUGAAAGAGUGCCCUUGGGCCUCCCUCAGCAGGAAUCCCAUCUGUAUUUGCAGGACUCGGCACCGCUUGCUUGUCAGCAAUGGCAAAGCCUCAGAGCAAGGAUUCAGGCCUGAAGGAGAGGUUCAGGAACCUGCUGGGGCUGGGAACGUCUCGAGGAAGCUCCAAGUCGUCCGAGGGCAAGCAGACAGAGUUCAUCAUCACUGCAGAAAUACUCAAGGAGCUGAGCACAGAAUGUGGACUGAGUAACAGGAUCCGAGCCAUCAGCCAGCUCUGCGAGGUGGCAAAGACAAAGAAGAUUGAAGAGCACGCCGUGGAAGCCGUCUGGAGGGUGGUGGCCGACAUGCUGCAGCCGGAGCGCCCCGCCGAGGCCAGGCACGCCGUGCUCCACCUGCUCAGGGCCAUCGUGCAGGGACAGGGUGAGAGGCUGGGGAUCCUGAGAGCACACUUCUUCAAGGUCAUCAAGGACUACCCCAGCAGCGAGGACCUGCAGGAGCGGCUGGAGGUGUUCAAGGCCCUGACGGAGAACGGACGCUACAUCACCUACCUGGAAGAGGAGCUGGCUGACUUUGUGCUGCAGUGGAUGGAUGUUGGUUUGUCUUCUGAGUUCCUCCUGGUCUUAGUGAACCUGGUGAAAUUCAACAGCUGCUAUCUGGAAGACUAUGUGGCUGACAUGGUGCACAAGAUCUGUCUCUUGUGCAUUCAGACUUCAUCAUCUAUGGACAUAGAGAUUUCCUUGCAGGUCCUGGAUGCAGUUGUUUGCUAUAACUGCCUGCCCUCAGAGAACCUGCCAGUGUUCAUCAUCACCUUGUGCAGGACCAUCAAUGUGAAGGAGCUUUGUGAGCCCUGCUGGAAGCUGAUGCGGAACCUGCUGGGGACUCACCUGGGGCACAGUGCCAUCUACAACAUGUGCAGGAUCAUGGAGGACAGAGCUUACAUGGCAGAUGCAGCACUGCUGAGAGGAGCUGUGUUCUUUGUUGGGAUGGCUCUGUGGGGUGCUCAUCGCCUCAGUUCCCUCAAGAAUUCCCCAACUUCAGUGCUGCCUUCUUUCCUCAAGGCCAUGACCUGUCCCAACGCGGUGGUGUCCUACGAGAUCGUGCUCUCGGUGACGCGGCUGAUCAAGAAGUACGGCAGGGAGCUGCAGGCUGUCACCUGGGACACCCUGCUGGACAUCAUGCAGCGCCUGCUGCAGCAGCUGCAGAGCCUGGAGAGCCAGGAGCUGAGGUCCAUUGUCCAUGACCUGCUGACCACAGUCGAGGAACUCUGUGACCAGAACGAAUUCCAUGGCUCUGAGGAGAGAUUUUUUGAGCUGGUGGAAAGAUGUGCUGAUCAGAGACCAGAGUCUUCUGUGUUAAACUUGAUAACCUACAGAGCUCAGUCCAUUCAUCCUGCCAGAGAUGGUUGGAUCCACAACCUGCAGACGCUGAUGGAGAGGUUCUUCAGGAACGAGAGCCGCAGUGCCGUUCGCAUUAAGGUGCUGGAUGUGCUGUCCUUCGUGCUGAGCAUCAACAGGCAGUUCUAUGAGGAGGAGCUGAUAAAUGUGGUGGUGAUCUCCCAGCUGGCUCAUAUCCCAGAGGACAAGGACCACCAGGUCCGGAAGCUGGCGACACAGCUGCUGGUGGACCUGGCCGAGGGCUGCAACACUCAUCACUUCAACAGCCUGCUGGACAUCAUAGAGAAGGUGGCUGCACAUUCUCUCUCAUCUCCUUCUGAACUGGAGGAAAGGGACUUGCUGUCAUAUUCAGCUUCUUUGGAGGAUGUCAAGACAGCAGUUCUUGGACUCCUGAUCAUUCUUCAGACCAAGCUGUACAGCCUCCCCUCCAGCCAUGCCAUGAGGGUGUAUGAGAUGCUGAUCCACCACAUCCAGCGCCACUACAUCUAUGCCUACAGCCUGGCUGUGGCCAGCAGCAUCAGAUUGCAGGUCUUUGAUUUCCUGCUGAUGCUUCGAGCUGACUCCCUCCACCGUCUCGGCCUUGCCAACAAGGAUGGAGCAGUGAGGUUCAGCCCCUACUGCCUGUGUGAUUUUGUAGAAACAGAGAAGAGGAGUUCUGAGAAAAAGCCUGCUGGCACACUCUCCCCACCCUCAGGGAGCCCCAGUGUGCCCUCCCAGAGUGCCACCAUCCGUGUGGGUCACCUGCCGUACUCCAUGGUCUUUGGUGUCCUCCUGCAGUGUUUGAAGCAAGAGACAGACUGGAAGGUGUUGAAGUUGGUCCUCAACAAAUUGCCUGAGUCCCUGCGGUACAAAGUGCUGUUUUUAACUUCUCCAUGCAACAUAGACCUCCUGGCCUCUGCACUGAGCUACAUGCUCACAGACAAGAAGACCACGGACAGGCUCCAUGGAACCCCAGAAGGUUUCUCUCGCACCGAUUUGCACCUGGCUGUGGUGCCGGUGCUGACGGCACUGAUAUCCUACCACAACUACCUGGACAAAGCUAAACAGCGUGAGCUGGUGUACUGCCUGGAGCACGGCCUGAUCUACCGCUGCGCCAACCAGUGCGUGCUGGCACUCUCCGUCUGCAGCGUGGAGAUGCCAGACAUCAUCAUCAAGGCCCUUCCUGUCCUCAUUGUCAAACUGACACACAUCUCUGCUACAGCCAACAUGGCAAUCCCCCUCCUAGAGUUCCUGUCAACCCUGGCGCGGCUGCCUCACCUGUACCGGAACUUCGCGGCAGAGCAGUAUGCCAGCGUCUUCGCCAUCUCCCUGCCCUACACAAACCCUUCCAAGUUCAACCAGUACAUUGUCUGCCUGGCACACCACGUCAUAGCCAUGUGGUUCAUUCGCUGUCGCCUCCCCUUCCGGAAGGACUUUGUCCCCUACAUCACCAAGGGUUUGCGCUCCAAUGUCCUCCUGUCCUUCGAUGACACCCCCGAGAAGGACAGCUUCAGGGCUCGAAGCACGAGCCUGAAUGAGAGGCCAAAGAGUAGUUUAAGACUAGGCAAAAAUGCAAAGCAAGGCUUGAAUAACUCUCCUCCAGUGAAAGAGCUGAAAGAACCCUCUGCAGUUGAUGCCUUCCGGUCCCGCAGCAUCAGUGUGUCUGAACAUGUGGUCCGCAGCCGGAUCCAGACGUCCAUCACCAGUGCCAGCCUGGGCUCUGCAGAUGAAAAUUCAAUGGCUCAGGCUGAUGACAACUUAAAAACCCUGCACCUGGAGCUGACUGAGACCUGCCUGGACAUGAUGGCUCGUUAUGUCUUCUCCAACUUCACUGCAGUGCCCAAGAGGUCUCCUGUGGGUGAGUUUCUGCUGGCUGGAGGAAGGACAAAGACCUGGCUGGUUGGCAACAAGCUGGUGACCAUCACUACGAGCGUUGGAACAGGCACAAGGUCCCUGCUUGGCCUAGACUCUGGCGAGCUCCAAAGCAGCACAGAAUCAAGCUCAGAGCCUGUUCUGCAAGUGAGACAAACCAAAGAGGCUCCAGCGAAACUGGAAUCUCAGGCUGGGCAGCAGGUCUGCAGAGGCUCUCGCAACAGAGUCCGAUCCAUGUCUGGUGGUCAUGCCUUACGUGUGGGUGCCUUAGACAGCUCAGCCUCCCAAGGGACGCAGGCUCCCCCUGCUUCUGCAUCUCGAUCAGAGAAGACUGCUGCUGCUCCACAGACACCUCUGCAGAAGGAAAAAGCAAACCUAGCUGCCUAUGUGCCACUGCUGACACAGGGGUGGGCAGAGAUCCUCGUGCGCAGACCCACAGGUAACACCAGCUGGCUGAUGAGUCUGGAGAACCCGCUCAGCCCAUUCUCUUCAGACAUUAACAACAUGCCCCUGCAGGAGCUCUCCAAUGCUCUCAUGGCUGCAGAGAGGUUUAAGGAGCACCGAGAAACAGCUCUCUACAAGUCCCUGUCUGUCCCCUCCUCCAGCCUGGCCACUGGGACAGCCAAGCCGUCGCUCCUGCAGCGCUCCAACACAGUGGCCUCUUUCUCUUCCAUGUACCAGUCCAGUUGUCAAGGGAAGUUGCACAGGAGCAUAUCCUGGGCAGAGUCCGCGGUGGUGCUGGAGGAGGGCAGCCCCUUGGAGAUGGAGCUGAAGGAGGCUGAGUCCCCAGCUGAGUCUCCAGAGAGUGAGGACAUUGACACUUCGUGCUCUGAACAAGUCCUGAGUGAGGAAAGGUUUGGUAAACCCCACGAGUCUUACAGCAGGUCCUCCUCAACCUCCAGCCAAGAUGAAAAGUCUCUGAAGUCUGAAGAGCUGGUGGAGGGUGGCAUUCCCAUCGGCAGGGUGCUGCCGUCGGAGGAGGGGCGCGCGCUGGAGGAGCUCUCCUUCCAGCCGGCCCAGCCCCUCAGCAAGUCCAGCUCCUCCCCCGAGCUGCAGACUCUGCAGGAGGUCCUCAGAGAUGCCAACGGCAGAGAAGUAACGAGGAGGCUGAGCACAGAAGUGAAGUGCAAGUCCCAGCCAGGGAACCUGGAAGGGGAAGGGCUGGGCAGUUGGCUGGGCCAGGGAGAAGACAGCAGAGGGGCUGGGCCAGGGGCGCUGGACGGCACCGGCCCUGCCACCUCGCCUCGCUCCCCCUGUGGGCACCGGCCCCGAGGAUACACCAUCUCGGACUCAGCCCCAUCCAGGAGGGGCAAGAGGAUCGAGAGAGAUGCCUUCAGGAGCAGAACUGCAGCUUCCAAUGCUGAGAAAGUACCUGGAAUAAACCCCAGCUUUGUGUUUCUGCAGUUGUACCACUCCCCAUUCUUUGGUGAUGAGAACAACAAGCCCCUUCUGCUGCCAAACGAGACAUUCGAGAGGUCAGUGCAGCUGCUGGACCAGAUCCCCUCCUACGACACACACAAGAUCGCUGUGCUCUACGUUGGGGAGGGCCAGAGCAACAACGAGAUCGCCAUCCUGUCCAACGAGCACGGCUCCUACCGCUACACCGAGUUCCUGACCGGCCUGGGGAAGCUCAUCGAGCUCAAGGACUGCCAGCCAGACAAGAUCUACCUCGGGGGCCUGGAUGUGUGUGGGGAGGAUGGGCAGUUCACCUACUGCUGGCACGAUGACAUCAUGCAAGCCAUUUUCCACAUCGCCACCCUGAUGCCCACGAAGGACCUGGACAAGUAUCGCUGUGACAAGAAGAGACACCUUGGCAAUGACUUUGUUUCUAUCAUUUACAAUGACUCUGGAGAAGACUUUAAACUGGGCACCAUAAAGGGGCAGUUCAACUUCGUGCAUGUCAUCAUCACACCGCUGGACUACGACUGCAACCUGGUGACGCUGCAGUGUCGCAAAGACAUGGAGGGCCUCGUGGACACCAGCGUUGCCAAGAUCAUCUCUGACAAGAACCUGCCCUUUGUGGCCCGUCAGAUGGCCCUGCAUGCCAACAUGGCUUCCCAGGUGCACCACAGCCGCUCAAACCCCACGGACACCUACCCCUCCAAGUGGAUCGCCAGGCUGCGGCACAUCAAGAGGCUGAGGCACAGGCUACGUGAAGAAACCCAGUACCAGACUCCUGGCCUUCCCCUGCAGGUGCAUCCCUCUGCCCCCAGCAAGCCCCCUGCCCAGCUCCCUCAGGACCCUCCUGCCACCUACGAGACCGGGCAGCGCAAGAGGCUGAUCUCCUCAGUGGAUGACUUCACCGAGUUCGUGUAGCCCCCAGCAGCCCGGGGGGGGCUUGUGCUGGGCCUCCCUGAGGCUGCAGGGAGGUGGGGGAGCAGGGUCUGUAGGUGCUUGGCAUGGAACUAUAGCUGGAGGCUCCGGUGCUGCACUCACUCCAGCUGCCUGCUGAGGAAGCCCAGCAGAUGCUCCAAGGGAGAGCCAGCUCC